CGACAACACCAGUCGAUGAAUCUAGGCCCGAAAUUCGGACUUGACUCCUCCAUUCCUCUCUCUAUAAAGCCCGCUUCUCCGAAAUCCCUAGAGCCCUCACCCCUCGAACCCCUCUUUCGCUCGCACCACACCACACCACACCACACCACACAGCUCUCUUUGUCUUGCUCUGCGUCACGGGGUUCUUUCUCUCUGUCUUUCUUCAACAAAAUGGAGACCUUUCUAUUCACAUCUGAAUCAGUGAAUGAGGGACACCCCGAUAAGCUCUGCGACCAGAUCUCUGACGCUGUUCUUGAUGCCUGCUUAGCACAGGACCCUGACAGCAAAGUUGCUUGUGAGACUUGCACCAAGACCAACAUGGUCAUGGUCUUCGGAGAGAUCACCACCAAGGCCAAAAUAGACUAUGAGAAAAUCGUGCGUGACACUUGCCGAACAAUUGGAUUUGUCUCCGAUGAUGUUGGCUUGGAUGCUGACAACUGCAAUGUCCUUGUUAAUAUUGAGCAGCAGAGCCCUGACAUUGCCCAGGGUGUCCAUGGUCAUCUCACCAAGAGGCCCGAGGAGAUUGGUGCUGGUGAUCAGGGUCACAUGUUUGGUUAUGCCACCGAUGAAACCCCUGAAUUGAUGCCCCUCAGCCAUGUCCUUGCAACCAAGCUCGGAGCUCGUCUAACACAAGUUCGCAAGAAUGGUACCUGCCCAUGGUUGCGGCCUGAUGGCAAAACCCAAGUGACUGUUGAGUAUUACAAUGAGAAAGGUGCCACGGUUCCUAUUCGUGUGCACACCCUUCUCAUCUCCACCCAACACGAUGAGACCGUGACAAAUGAUGAGAUUGCUGCUGAUCUUAAAGAGCAUGUCAUCAAGCCUGUUAUCCCCGACAAGUAUCUGGAUGAGAAGACCAUCUUCCACCUCAACCCUUCUGGUCGCUUUGUCAUUGGCGGACCUCAUGGCGAUGCUGGUCUCACUGGCCGCAAGAUCAUCAUCGACACUUACGGUGGGUGGGGUGCUCAUGGUGGUGGUGCUUUCUCCGGAAAGGACCCCACCAAGGUGGAUAGGAGUGGAGCAUACAUUGUCAGGCAGGCUGCGAAGAGCAUCGUGGCCAAUGGGCUUGCGCGGAGGUGCAUUGUGCAGGUUUCUUACGCCAUUGGUGUUCCUGAGCCAUUGUCGGUUUUCGUGGACACGUAUGGGACUGGGAAGAUUCCGGACAAAGAGAUUCUCAAGAUUGUGAAAGAGAGCUUUGAUUUUAGGCCUGGCAUGAUUGCCAUCAACCUUGAUCUGAAGAGGGGCGGCAACAGUAGGUUCUUGAAGACUGCUGCCUAUGGACAUUUUGGCAGGGAUGAUCCUGACUUCACAUGGGAAGUGGUGAAGCCCCUCAAGUGGGAUAAGGUGGCUCAAGCUUAAGUAAGGCUUGUCAUUAUUGAUUACCGAUGCAUAAUCCCCUUGUUUUUUCGUUGUCUCUGCCUACUGUUGGUCUUUUGUUGGGGUUUUCCUAUUGUUUCUUAUCAUCUUUUAAUUCUGAAUUUGCUAUAGAAAAAGAAAAAAAGAAGAAAAAGAAUUAUUAUUUGGUUUAAGGGGGGGAUCGGAGGUGAAAGACAAAGAAAAAAAAAAAAAAAAAAAAAAAAAAGGAUGUGAAUUACUGUAUGAAUCGCUGCUGCUGAGAGAUGCUAUAAUAAUGCCCACAAAUUGUGAUUGUUCACAAAGAGAAACAUUUGCAAAGCAUUUAUUUUAAUUACGAAUGAGAAACUUUGCUCCCCUUCAAUUA